AUGUUUGGAUUCUGGGAGAUAGAGAACGAUAGCAUGAUGAAACACCGGAUAGCUGAUGUCAAUGUGGUUGAUUUAUCAGAGAGCGGAGAUUCGGAAAACCCUCCAGACAAGAAGGUAUACAGUAGUGAAGAAAAGAAUUUAAAUGUUACACAUCAGGAACACCAUAUAUUAACAAGCCCAGCAAAUCCAAAGAAGCGGAUGGCUUGCUUGAUAGAUUCUGAUUCAGAAGCGAUGAUUGAUUGAGAGGACAAGAAUGAAAAAGGCUCUUUGGUGAAAUCUGAAUACUCCUUUGAGAAAACAGAAGAUUUUAAAAUGAGGGAAGGAGAUGCAUUAAUUAAAAGCAAUCAAAAGACAAUAGAGAAGGUUGAUGAUGAUAUUCUCAGACAUUAUCACAUUAAUUGUCAAACGAAAUUCAACAAGAUGAACACAAUUUUUGAAUGAAGCAUCUUGGUCAAUAUUGACGAGCUAGGCAAGAAAAUUCCAAAAAUUGAAAUAGAAAAGAAGAUAAAAGAGGUAGAUAAAAUCAUGGAAUUUUGAUCAUAUUUAAACUUUUCUGCAAGAGGAGCCAGAUUUUACAUUGUACCUGCAAGCUUCAAGACCAUGCAAGCUGAUCAAAAAGACAAAAAAUCCCUUGAAGAGGAGAAGUGCAAGGUAGUAAGCCUUCAAGACUGGCACAAAGAAUUUAUCCAUCCAGAGUCCCAUCAACUUAUGGUUACAGUUAGCUUCUUCUGGGUCGCAGACUAUUUGAACCCAAAAGUUAAAAUCGGAAUGAUGCCAAGAAAAGUAAUUGAUCAAGUUGUAGACUUAUUCUCCAAGAUCAAACAAAUGCUCAGAUCGAUCAGGAUAAUGAGAGAGUCAGAAGAAGAUGAUGGAGAGAGUGAAGAUUUUUUCACUCCGUUUAAUCUUUCCAUAUUGACGUCCUAGCAAGAAAAUGAUUUAUAAAAUUAUUAUUGAUAAAAAGAGUGUUGUGAG